UUCCUUCUUUAUUUCAAACCCCGUCGUCCCCCUGGAUGAUGGCAUCCGAUUUUCAAACGCCCGAUUCAUUUUCAAGACAAAAAUCUGUUAUGUUUUGUUCGUUGAGAGGUAUGAGAUCUGAUAACCUGAGGUCGACCAUUCGAUCUUGUCCUUUUCCUUUCCUAUAAGUACGAAUAGGAUCUCUGGUGUCGUGGAUUCUCUGGACCGUUGGAUCGACGAUCAGCAAUGACGGGAGAUCCCUCGUCAGAACAAGACCCGGACGAUUCCGAUUCGCAGUUGGUUGAGAUCGAUCCCUCGGGUCGCUACGGUCGGUACAAAGAAGUAUUAGGGAAAGGCGCUUUCAAAACAGUUUAUAAAGCUUUUGAUGAACUGGAAGGUAUAGAGGUUGCUUGGAAUCAGGUUAAGGUGGCUGAUGUCUUGCGGAAUUCGGAAGAUUUGGAACGUCUAUACUCUGAAGUCCAUUUACUCAAGACUCUCAAGCACAAGAACAUAAUAAAAUUUUACAGCUCGUGGGUCGACACGAAGCAUGAUAAUAUCAAUUUCAUAACUGAGAUUUUCACAUCGGGGACAUUGCGCCAGUACCGGAAGAAACACAAGCAUGUAGAUUUAAGAGCUUUGAAGAAUUGGUCGAGGCAAAUCUUGCAAGGCCUUCUUUAUCUCCAUAGUCAUGACCCUCCAGUUAUUCAUAGGGACUUGAAGUGUGAUAACAUAUUUGUCAAUGGAAAUCAAGGGGAGGUGAAAAUUGGCGACCUUGGAUUGGCGGCCAUUCUUCGCCAAGCUCAUUCUGCUCACAGUGUCAUUGGGACCCCAGAGUUCAUGGCACCAGAGCUUUAUGAAGAAGAAUACAAUGAGCUGGUAGAUAUCUAUGCUUUUGGCAUGUGCUUGCUGGAAUUGGUGACCUUUGAGUACCCAUAUGUAGAAUGUGCCAAUGCAGCUCAAAUAUACAAGAAAGUUACAGCGGGGAUUAAGCCUGCAUCAUUGGGGAAGGUGAGGGAUCCUGGAGUCAAAGAAUUCAUCGAGAAAUGUAUUGCCAAUGUUUCUGAGAGAUUGCCUGCAAGAGAGCUGCUAAGGCAUCCUUUCCUUCAAUUAGAUGGCGAGAAUGAGAGUGUAGAUCGUUCUUUGUUUUCAGAUGCAAACUUGUCAGAUGGUAGUUGUGGCCAAUCAGAUAUGAACAACAAUUCUUUAAGAGUUGGAGAUGACACACAUGAGCCUAGCAGAGAUUUCAUGGUGAAAGGUCAAAGGAAAGAUAUCAACACUAUAUUUUUAAAGCUUCGUAUUGCAGAUUCAACAGGUCACGUUCGGAACAUACACUUCCCAUUUGAUAUUGAGGCAGAUACUGCAAUCAGUGUCGCUAGUGAAAUGGUUGCAGAGUUGGACCUUACAGAUCAAGAUGUCACAAAAAUUGCUGAAAUGAUUGAUUCUGAAAUACAGGUUCAUGUUCCAAAGUGGAUACCGGGAGAAGUUUUUGAAGAUAAUUUCGGUAACGAGUCAGCGAUUUCAGUAGGAUGUGACAAUGAAAGUAAAGACAAGCUCUCUGCAUUAGCAAAUGACCCUGAACAACCUUCAGGCGUGUUCAUUCUGGAACGGUUUCCAUCAGGUCGCUGGUACUUGUCUGAUUCUCCCAAGGCAACCAGUGAUGACUCUCCAGUGAAGCCUAACUUAUCUUCUGAAGUGGAUUUGCUUGCUAGUGCCAGUUGCUCGAAUGAAGUUAGUCAAAUGAUGGAAUCUGCUGAUAAUCAUAAAAACAAAGGAGAUUAUGGGAAUGAUGCAUCUUUACACAGCCAGCAGAAAGAUUAUGCAUUCUUGACUGGAGGUGCAGAAAAUGCUGAAUCAUCAAGAUGUUUUGAUUGUCAAAAUACAUCUUCUAGUUAUAUUGAUGUUGAUAAUGAGAAGAAAGUAUUUGAUGCCAGCAAUCAAAACGGGAGCAUUGAAAAACAACACGAUGCUAGUGAUGAUUCAUUUUCACCCGAGGUGGACAAUAAGAUAUUAAUGGAAAAUGAGACCGAUGAUGUCAAAUUCAUCAUCAAGAAAAUAGAGCAACUUUUGGUGGAGCAACAAAAUGAACUCGAUGACCUAAAGAGGAAGCAUCAAAUGGCCAUAGCGGACCUUUUGAAAGAAUUGCCUACAAGACUUCAUUGCCAAGUUUUAAAUAUGUGUACAUUAAAGGUUCCUAAUUAUAAGAUUCAGAGCGAGGCGCAUUGGCACGCAGGACAUUCUACAGAUUCUGGUUCCUCCUUACAUCCGGAAGCAUUGUCACCUCACUUUUACAACUCUCAUGUGGAUAAAAAUAUGGAUGAUCCGUUAAACACACCUAUUGAUGAUUCACAUGCAAAUAAGGAUGUAACAAAUUAAGCAGGAAGUUCUAACGUCAUUUAUCGUAAUUUGGAAAUUAGGGAAGCUGGAUGGUAGGUAGUGAGAAUCAUGUCUGUUAGAGAUAUAUUUGACUUGCUUAAAGGAGAUGGUUGAUCUUCUGUUGUGUGCAUUGCUGGAUCCUAAGAGAUGUUGUUGCCAAGCGAAUUAUAUUCCCGAUGAAAAAUGAUUUGUAUAGAUUCAUCUCUUAUACAACAUGGCAACUUUGAAGCAGCUGUUGUUACAGAAUGCAAGGUCAUGUAAGCUUAUUGUUGAAUUUAUGAUGCAUCUGGGGAGUGGACAGAUGCCUGACAGAUGCAUGAUUACCUGAUAUAUCAGUUUGUCCAAGCCUGGAGAAAUUGAUUUGUGAUUUUAAUCGGGUUUGAAUAUCUUGUAUUAUAGUUUGAUAUGAGUCAUAAAUGCCCGGUAGGUAUAUUGUACAUAUUCUCAUACUUGUGUCUUCACAUUAUUAGUUUUGUCCAAUCAAUGACCAUUUGGGCAAUUUCCA